AUGAACGGCACCAUGGAGACUCCCGUCACCACCCCUGGCGCACUCGCCGAGAAGAUUGACCACCAUUGGGUCGAGCACACCGUCGCAGGACACAAGUACAGCACCCUCAAGUCGUCUGCGUUCGCCCGCAACCAUCAGGCCCAGAUUACCGCUGCUGUAAACGACUGCAAUGCCCAUGCUCAGGAAGGCCUCCGACUUCAGCUGGAACUCCUCGACGCCAUUGAAGACCAAGAAUGGCUGCUGCUUCCCAACGACAUUGACCGAGUUGUCCACCAUCAGUUGGCCUGCAACGAUGACAUCUCGCUCGCCGUCUCAUUCCGUCGCUCUGAUAUCCUCACCAGCCUCAAGGCCCGUCAAGAUGCCGCCAAACUGUCCAUGCAAUCCUGCAUCGUCAUCCAGGAAGACGCAGAGACGCCCGUCCCCGAGAGUCCCUUCAUCGCAGAGACACCCUCGCCCUCGCCCGCGCCCGCGCCCGAAGACGAUCCUGACCUAGUCGCGACCAUCAACAUGCGCUGGCAAGAGUACCUCAGUGUGCGCCAGACCCUCGACGAAGCCAACAACGCCGCCUUCCAGACCGCGUCGCUCAGGGCCCAAGCAUCCGAAUAUGCGAAGAGGCUCAAGGAGAUUGCCACCGAUGCUCUGAUCCAGCAGCAUUUUCUCCUUGCCCAGCUUCGCAAUGUCGCGGAUCCUCGGAGUGAUGCUCUGGACGCCAUGAAGCUCAGAUUCUCCGGCUCCGACUUGCCAGAGUUUGAGGCUGAAAUUGCUCGUUUCGGUCAUGUCAAGAAGCCCAAGGCUCGCCCAGCGAAUCAGUCCAGCAUCAAGUCGUUCUUCGCCCCUAAGGCUGGACCAUCUCAAGUCGUGCCCACUCCCCUGCCAACCACCAAGCGACCAAGCAAGACGACUGUCAUUGAGCCUUCGCCCGCCCCUCGUCGAUCCACUCAUCUCAGCAAUCAGACACCCAAGACCGUCGUUCAGGAUGUUGUUGCUACCGGUGGCGAUGAGAAGUGGUCACUCUAUUAG